CCAUGCGCGGCGCUGCGCGGAGGCAGAGGGACAUCCGCGCCCCCCCUGCGAGCCCUUGCUGUGUGAAAGAAAAUGUCAGUCAGCAUGCAUGAGAAUCGCAAAUCUAGGGCCAGUACUGGCUCCAUAAACAUAUACUUGUUCCACAAGUCAUCCUAUGCUGAUAGUGUCCUUACUCAUCUGAACCUUCUGCGUCAACAGCGUCUCUUUACAGAUGUGCUUCUCCAUGCUGGGAACAGGUCAUUCCCCUGCCACAGAGCUGUUCUAGCUGCUUGUAGCCGCUAUUUCGAAGCAAUGUUCAGCGGAGGAUUGAAGGAGAGCCAGGACAGUGAAGUCAAUUUUCAUAAUUCUAUUCACCCAGAAGUCUUGGAGCUUCUUCUGGACUAUGCAUAUUCCUCCAGGGUUAUCAUCAAUGAGGAAAAUGCAGAGUCACUGCUGGAGGCUGGUGACAUGCUAGAGUUUCAGGACAUUCGGGAUGCUUGUGCAGAAUUUCUGGAGAAAAACCUUCAUCCCACUAACUGUCUUGGCAUGCUGCUGCUGUCGGAUGCUCACCAGUGCACCAAGCUGUAUGAGCUCUCUUGGAGGAUGUGCCUUAGCAACUUCCACAGUAUCAGUAAGAGUGAAGACUUUCUCCAGCUGCCAAAAGACAUGGUAGUGCAGCUCCUUUCCAGUGAAGAGUUAGAAACUGAAGACGAAAGGCUGGUAUAUGAAUCAGCUAUCAACUGGGUCAGCUAUGACCUGAGUAAGCGUCACUGUUAUCUGCCUGAGCUAUUGCAAACAGUGAGACUGGCCCUCUUGCCAGCCAUAUACCUCAUGGAAAAUGUGGCCAUGGAAGAACUUAUCACCAAGCAAAGGAAAAGCAAAGAGAUUGUAGAAGAAUCUAUAAGAUGCAAGUUAAAGAUCUUGCAGAAUGAUGGAGUGGUCACUAGUUUGUGUGCCAGACCCCGAAAAACUGGCCAUUCACUUUUCCUUUUGGGUGGCCAAACCUUUAUGUGUGACAAGCUGUACUUGGUGGACCAAAAGGCAAAGGAGAUCAUUCCAAAGGCUGACAUACCAAGUCCACGGAAAGAGUUCAGUGCUUGUGCCAUAGGCUGCAAAGUGUAUAUCACUGGGGGAAGAGGGUCAGAAAAUGGAGUCUCCAAAGACGUGUGGGUGUAUGACACCCUUCAUGAGGAGUGGUCAAAGGCUGCUCCCAUGCUGGUAGCUAGGUUUGGGCAUGGCUCUGCUGAACUUAAGCACUGUUUGUAUGUAGUAGGAGGACACACCGCAGCAACUGGUUGCCUUCCAGCUUCUCCUUCAGUAUCCUUAAAGCAAGUAGAACAAUAUGACCCUGUGACCAACAAAUGGACCAUGGUUGCCCCACUGAGAGAGGGUGUAAGCAAUGCAGCUGUAGUCAGUGCAAAGCUUAAGCUGUUUGCUUUUGGAGGUACCAGCGUUAGCCAUGACAAGCUGCCCAAAGUUCAGUGCUAUGAUCAGUGUGAGAACAGAUGGACAGUACCAGCCACCUGCCCCCAGCCCUGGCGCUACACAGCUGCAGCUGUUUUGGGUAACCAGAUUUUUAUUAUGGGUGGAGAUACUGAAUUCUCUGCAUGCUCUGCUUAUAAAUUCAACAGUGAGACAUACCAGUGGACUAAGGUGGGAGAUGUGACAGCUAAGCGAAUGAGCUGCCAUGCAGUGGCAUCUGGAAACAAGUUGUAUGUGGUUGGAGGCUACUUUGGCAUACAGAGGUGCAAAACGUUGGACUGCUAUGAUCCCACAUUAGAUGUAUGGAACAGCAUAACAACUGUGCCCUACUCGUUAAUUCCCACAGCAUUUGUCAGCACGUGGAAGCACCUCCCUUCAUAAUUGUGUGUAUGAUGCAAGUACAAAUUAUCAGUGUACUCCCUCAUUUGGAUAAGAGAAUUGGAACCUCAGAUCUGGAGAAACAGUUUUAAUGAAGAAAAAUCAUUUGGUGUCUCUUACAUUUGAAGAAAAUCAUCUGCACCUUGUGAAUUAUCUAACCUGGACAUGAAGGAAUGGUAGGACAAAAAAAAAGUCUUAAGUGCACAUGGUUUAAAUAUUAAUGGAUGAACCUAUGAUCUGGUCCUUGUGCUAGUAAUUGUGGAUUAAUGCCAACGUUAAUCAGUCCUUUAAAGGAGAAAAAUAGACCGAAGUUCUCUGAGCUGUGCAGCACACAACACUCGAUUUCCAUGGACUCUGCUGUUCUAUAUGUGAAAUUUGAAAUGGUUGUCACCUCUCUUUGUGGUGAUUUUUAAGUGCCAGCGCCAGCUGCAGGAGGAGCAGGCCAGCUGAAGCAGUGAGAUGCCGCUCUGAAUGAAGAUGCAAGUGUUGCUGCUGACCUCUGCUAACCGGAGCCUGCUUGUCUGUGGGCAGUGCCCACAGCAUCUCUCAGAUCCUGCGCUGCGUUGUCCUGUGUGCAGCAAGUGACCCCCUCCCCCCGCCCCUUGAUAACAAACGGCCCGGUGGUGAAAUGUUUCUGAAGCCGAGGGGAACAAAAAUUACAUCCCCCGAAUGCUCCUUGUUCCCUUUCAUCCCUAUAUUUAUAAGUAAUUCAAACUGUCCUGCUCCUGUUAUGUUACUUGUUAUAGAUAAUAGUUAUUUAUUGUUCAGUGCUUGCAUGCUGAAACAAUGCCUGCAAUUGUCUUCAUGUCACAAGGGUUUGUGUGAAUUGUUGUAUGUUUUGCACAUUUUGUGAUCUCUGACUUGCUCUGCUGCACAAAGAAAGAGAACUGUUUGGUAACAGUUGGAGAUGGGAGGGAGGUGUGGCUUCCUGAUCGGAAAUGUGGGGAUUACAAGGCAGGAUCUUAAAUUACACACAUCCUAAAGGAAGAAGCCAUGGAGGUCACUUUCUCAGGCCACCAACUCCCCAGGUUCUAUGUGGUGUGUCUUGUAGAUGGUGUCCUUGCUACAUUUCAUGUGUUGGUCAUGCCUUUCAAUUUCUAAUCUGGAAAUAGCUGAAAUCUCUUGCAGCUCUCUCUUUGUGCAGCUUCCUGAUUGCAACACAAAUACUGUGGAAGAGCUUCUGGAUACCAAGCCCAGAUGAAGUCAUUGCCCAAAGUUAUUUAUUUAUUUAUUGUGUUGGAGGAGGGAUACUUACAUUACAGCCACACUGACCUGAGUGAGUGGAGUAUGGUGAUUCAAGAAUAAAAUCAAAACACCUCAAGAUAGGUCACUGAUGAAGUCUUAACAAAAGAAAAAAGAAGAGCAGCAAUUUUGCACUGACUGGGUUGCCUCACCCAUCUGGAUUUCAGAUCGUGACUGUCCAGGUGUCAAAGACUCAAGCAAUCUAGCAAAAUUCUUAUGGGGAUAUAAAAUGAAUUUCAAACCUCUUCAUCUUAAAAAUAGCCUUCAAACUCUGCUGCCUUUUACUUUCCUUAGCUGGGUGUGUCUUUAAACACUUGGUUGCUCAGAAGCAUCAGAUACAAUCCCAAGAAACCAAACUUUGAUUUUUAAAUAAGUUUGUUUCUUAUCGUUUGGUCUUGAGACAGAGAUGAAGAUACUCUUUCUUCUGGAUUUCAGAAGCUUAUGUUUCACAGAUGCUUUCUUUGCAGACCCUGUCAUGAAGCAUGUAUUGUAUUGUGCUUUUUUUUUUUUUUCUUAAAUGUUUCUGGAGCCCAACUCAACUGACACAUUCAGUAACAUGAUUGGUGUGUGCUGCGGUAAAAGUAAAGAGCUGCAUGCAUGCAUGCAAAACAAAAAUAGUCACGUUGGUGAUGCUUGCCUUUCUCUGUGUGACAGUGAUGUAGCUGUAUCUGUGAAAGUUUUGUCAGCUGAAAGUGUUUACACUGGUUACUGAAAGUUUCUUUGUGCUGCCUUUUAUUUGACUUGCUGUUUGGAGUAGACCUUUUCAUUUCAGAAAUAGAGUAUUUGGAGUUCUGAGAACAUUCAUUAAUUAGCAGCGACAUUAGCAGUUUUUUAAAAGGUGAGGCCCAGCUAGAUGUGAACAGUUAAAGUUCCUCUGGUUAAACUUAUUUGUUGAAAUGAUAGAUUUUAAAAGCAUUUAAACUCACAGCUUCUCCACAUCCUCACCCUGCCUUGGUUCUUUAGUACUUGCACAGGUUGCCCUGUUGAUUUAAACAGCCUUGAAUUACUGUUGCCUUUCAUCUUGUGGAUCACUCCUGGGAGUUUGAAGGGAGCCAUAAAAUCAGACUGUUGUGUUUUGUUAUUUCCUCUCCCCAGGCGUUAGUGACCACAUGAGGUACAAGGAAGCGGAGCCCCCUUGUUUAAAUAAGGGCAUGUAUGUUUGAGACCUUACUCUCCAUCAAGCUGCUUGGAGUCCAAAUGUGAAGCUGCACUGCAUCCAACUACUUAGCUUCUGAAAUCUGUUUUCUAGCACCAUGCACCUCCCCGAAGUGGGAUGAAUUCUCUGCAGCUGUUUCCAAAGUUGUGGUCUGCUUUCAAGUCCUCUAUUAAUUCUUAUGUGUAGGCUGAAGGAAGCUGAAGUCAGGGUGGGCCUCUGGCUCUGCAGGGAAUAUGCUAGGCUCUUGAUCUGUGAAUUGAUGUGGGAAUCAUGGCUAGUUACUUGACCAUUCCAAUCCUGCAAAAAACCCCACAUUUUGAAACAAAUGCAGUUCACAGUGGAGUGCACACAAAAACCCUGGCGUAAGACAGGAAGGUUCCUUUUAUUUUGCAGGCUGGUUGCUGUAGAAACAUAUAACAAAAGACAGCCUUCCUCUUCUGGUAUAAUUGUGCAGCCCCUUUUCUCUAGGUCUGACACCUGUCUGAAUAAGAGUGAUUAGAGCAGAAUAAUGGUCCCUUUCCUGGCUGUUGAAGAUGUGGUUCAUGUGCUAAAAGAAAACUGUAAGUGAAGAAGUAAAACUGUCUAUGUUGUGUCUUUUUGUUUACUAUUACAUCUUAAGGUUUUGUAAAAUGCGUGUUUUUUCACAAUGUGAAACUGAAGGUCAAUAAAUUAUUAGAGAUUUUCUCUCCAUGGCA